CGCCAUGGAUAUCGGAUCUGUGGCACUGACUCUUCGUUCCCAGUGAUCAUGGUUCUAUCAUCUCAUAAAGCUGGUCCUGAGCGUCCUAUAGAUGACUGAGGACCGUUUGUUUUGUGACUCCGAAGUCUCAUUACUAUCAUGCUAUCGGAGGAAGAUAAAACCACAGAGACGAUUUCCCUUUCGACGGCAGAGAGUGACGAGGGACUUCUUGCUCGUCUUGGAUAUAAACAAGAGCUCAAGAGACACUUCAAACCGCUAGAAAUUUUCGGAUUUGCUUUCGGCCUUAUUGGGAUCGUGCCUUCCUUCUCAUCUGUGCUAAUUUUCUCCAUCCCCAAUGGAGGCGCUUUUGCGAUGGUCUGGGGAUGGACUGUCUGUUCGAUAUUCAUUGCUACAAUUACCCUCGCCAUUGGAGACAUAGCGUCUGCAGCGCCAACAUCUGGUGGACUUUAUUACUGGACGUUUAUGUUCUCGUUGGAGAAAUGGCGUGGCUUUUUAUGUUGGAUCGUAGGGUAUUCCAACACUAUCAGUAAUGUGGCUAGUAAUACAAGUAUUAGCUGGGGAUGUGCCAUACAAAUUAUGGCGGCAGUCAGUAUUGGGUCCGACCUCAAAUUUCGGGCGACUAUGCCUCAAACCUUCGGUUUAUACUGCGCCCUCAUCCUUGGUCAUUGCCUGAUAUGCACCCUCAACUCGAGUAUUAUGGCUAGAUUGCAAACGGCUGUAGUGAUAAUUAAUGUUCUGUUGUUCUGCGUAGUUAUCAUAGGCCUUCCAGUGGCAACUCCCGAGGAAUUCAGAAACGAUGCAAAAUUUGCUUUUGAGGACUUUACCAACGUAUCUGGAUGGCCGAAUGGAUUCGCGUUUAUCCUUAGCUUUUUAACCCCCUUAUGGGGUGCUGGAUGCUAUGAUGCUCCCGUCCAUAUGAGUGAGGAAGCAGCCAAUGCUAGCAUAGCCGUUCCAAUGACUAUAAUUUGCUCCAUCUUCUCUGCUACCGUCUUCGGCUGGGCAAUGAAUAUCGCGCUAGUCUUCUGUAUGGGUCAAGAUUACCAAAGUAUCAUUGAUAGUCCCAUCGGUCAGCCCAUGGCCACGAUAUUGUUCAAUUCCUUCGGGAAGACCGGCACUCUUGUCGUGUGGUCGUUCGUCAUCUUGACACAGUUUGCCAUGGGUACGAAUCAAACGAUGACAGCCUCGAGAUCUUUGCCUUCUCUCAAGACGGAGGUCUCCCGCUGUCCCGGUAGCAAUGCCAUUGGAGCGAUCUUCUUACUCUCCGUGACUGCCCAAUACCUAUCAUUUUGUAUCCCGUUGUCAGCGAGGUUUCUUGGAGGCAAGAGAAUCAAGCCAGGUCCUUUUCGGUUAGGUCCUUUGAGUCUCCCAAUUACUGCGGUUGCCGUCGCCUGGAUGACUUUCAUGGCUGUCGUGUUUAUGUUUCCUGCUACUCCUUCUCCCGGAGUAGGUAACAUGAACUAUGCUGUCGUAGUACAAGGCGGUGUUUUGAUACUUGCGAUCGUCUAUUUUUACUUUCCGAAAUAUGGCGGGAGAAAUUGGUUCACGGGACCGAUAUCGACGGUCGAAGUGCCUGCGUUACAAGUUGAGAAUGAUGUAGCUGAAAAAGAGUAGGAUGCCAGUGGGUGUGGUCCGGAUUGCGUAGACCACUCAGUAGAUCAUUUUUCGUGCACUAACCGCGGUACAUGCGUAGUUUGAUAUAUUGCCUGUGACUAAUGCAUAGAUGCAGAUAUCCUUUUGCAGAUCAGCUAGCAAAAGCCAUGAUUAUUACCCGGCUAAGCUUCACCUUUU